AUGGACAACGAUACUCUCAACAAUGCCCUUCAUGGGGUGAAGCGGCCACAUGACGACGAGACGACCGACGAACCCGUGGCGAAGCGAGACAAGCUCGGCGAGGAGCUAGACCGCAUGUUCGCGUCGAAUCCGUCCCCCGUUUCGACAGCGGUAUCAUCAGGCUCCUCCGCCUUCUCACUACCGGCUUCCACGGCACAUCCAACCCCGACCAACGGCCCUUCGGCCAGUGGACCAUCCGAUCCGACAGCCCCUAGUAGGACGAGGGACACGCUUCCCAUUAGACCCGCUAGGCGACGACUGCCCCGUGUUGGCAACGGGACAGCCAUGUCCCGCAGUGGAAUCCCGGAGACGUCUGAGCCGGCUAGCUCCAGCGACAACGAUUCGGAAUGCUGA